UUAACGCCACCUCUCAGCAGCACCCCUCCCCCUCGGACCAAACGAAACGCUUUAUUAUGAAAGGGAUUUAAUUAGCUACAUUUUAUUAUUUGUUAUCAGUCUCGCUAUCAGUACUGGAAUGCGACUAGUAAAUCAGGACCGAUUCUCUUCGUCUGUACAAUAACCAUUAUCGCAUCAUGUAUCUUCUGCACCCGCUGCUGCAGAUCUGUGCGCUGCUUGAUGCGACACUGUGGCUGGCGGUCUCUGCCAGCCCUACCGAUGAUAACGUACUGCGGGCCGGCCAUGGAGAACACGGAGAGCCGGGCCAUGAAGAACCACAUAAGGACUCCUACAGCACAUUCGCCUCCGAGUUCCUCGAGUCCAGAUACCUCUCAGACGAAGGUUACCCCUUCCCAACUGCACCUCCUGUGGACCCAUUUGCCCGCAUCAAAGUUAGUGACUGUGGAGUAACCAAGGGAUGCAUCAGAUAUGGCAAACCAGGCUGUGACGCAGAGACCUGUGAAUACUUCCUGAGUUUCAGACGCAUUGGCACAGAUGUGGAAUUCGAGAUGAGUGCAGACACUGACGGAUGGGUUGCUGUCGGUUUCUCCUCUGACAAAAAAAUGGGAGGUGAUGAUGUCAUGGGCUGUGUUCAUGAUGAUAAUGGACGUGUACGGAUCCAUCAUUUCUAUAAUGUGGGCCAGUGGGCCAAAGAGAUCAAGCGCAACCCGGCACGGGACGAGGAGGGCAUUUUCGAAAACAACCGCGUCACCUGCCGCUUCAAACGGCCUCUUCAUGUGCCACGGGAGGAGACUCUAGUGGACCUGCACCUAAGCUGGUACUAUCUGUUUGCUUGGGGACCUGCCAUACAAGGUUCCAUCACAAGGCACGACAAUGACUCCCCACCGGUGUCAGACCGCAUGAUUAGCAUCUAUAAAUACGAGGACAUUUUCAUGCCUGCCACAGCCUAUCAGACAUUCUCCUCUCCCUUUUGCCUCCUUCUCAUUGUUGCUCUUACUUUCUACCUGCUGAUGGGCACACCAUAACCAGCCAAGAGAGAAGGAAUACAACUAACCAUGCAGACAUGACUAAUACAAAUAGCUUAACAGUAUUAGAAACAGGCAGCAAUAAAUAAUAUGACAGACACAUUGUGAUUCUACAAUAUCCUCAAUCUACAGAAACUAAAAUGGUAUUUGGACUGUGGAUUAAUAUUAGUUAUAUACAAGCAAUGAUUCUCAUUCAGAGGUGAGAGUCAACCAUUAUGUUAUAACCCUGAAUCUGAGCCAAAUUAAUGUCAAUAUUUAGUAUGCUUAAGGUGUGGUCACAGUGAACCUGAAGGUGCAAAAGAUUGCCUGAAGUGAUGCAUGUAGCAAAAACAUUGACCAGCUUUCUGUUGGUCAGUGCGGCGAAUCUGUAAAAAACUUGAACCCCUGGGAAAAUCUUUUGCUCGAUUGUGUGGAUUCGGAUUUUGAAAUGACUGCAUUUCAGCCGUGAAAAUUCACCAAACAAUAGUAAAAGAAGUGUCCAAACCUUUACAGUGCCACAUAUCAUGACACACUUUGAACUGCCUCCUAUUGAAUUUUAAUCUUUUGCCAAAUCUCAGAAAAAAAUGCUCUGCUGUUUGUAGUUGCCUGCUUUCCAUUAUUUUUCCUGUACAUUAUAGCUUUGAUGAACAUUUAUUAAUGCUGUGAAUUUUAGAGGGAUGUAAAUUAAUGCCUGUGACUGACUACCCAACUUACAGCACUACAUAAUUGGCCCUCCAGCAGCACAAACACACACACACACACACAUAAUAUUCAUAACACAUCACUGCCUUCCAGUUAGCCAGUAUUGCCAGCUCAAUAUUUGAUGAUGCAUGCCAGCAAACAGCUUCAUCUGAGCCAUUUAAAACAGUGUUAUACUGGAAUAGAACCAGUCCAGGAGAGAAUCAUGUGGUUUUUAUUCCAAUAAAUAGAAGACUUUCUAUACUAAGGACUUCAUGCCAUUGCAAAACUUACAAAUGUUUCAAGAAUUGAUUGCUGCCUGUGUUGAACGACUUGGACCACACCAGUUAGCGUGUGGUUGUAUACGGUUCUAAUUCUUUGGCACUCUUUGAGAAUAUCCUGUAAAAAAAAAAACACACACACAUUUGUAUAACAGACUGAAGAGAGCCAUUUAAAGAUGUUUAGAAAAGUAUUUUGUUUUAAAUACAUUGUUAUAUUUACCUGAAGGAUAUAUAUCAGGAAAUGUACCUACUUGGAGGAGUGAUACGAUUCCUUUUUGAUGCAGGCCUGGUGCAGAGAUAUUCGUGUAAUGUAGCAUGAAUGGAGACAUUGUAUGCUAAUGGUCAAGGAAUAAUGUUUGUAAGGUUGCCAGUGUUAUAUUUUAAUAUAUUUUUGAAAUUUUGACAUUGACAGUAUCAGAGAAUAUGCAAUGAUGAGUGUGCUUUAGUGAAGGACUGUGAGCCAUUAUUUUAAUUUAAACAUGUCAUAAAAGCUAUUAGCAGCUUACAUUCUGAAAGGUUAACUGUGAAUUCUCUCGCUAAUUGGAAGCAAAGAUGCCUGUUUGAUGAUACUGAACACAUUCUGCACUUUUUAAUAAAACUAUGAAGACAGCUGAAAA